AUUUAAAUUAAGAACCUAAUGGAGACUUAUCUUCAGCACAGUCAGAGGAAAAACAAGAGGAAUCCCCAAAUAAGACUUUCGCAUUUAGAUAAUGACCUCGUACUAAAAGCCAGGAAUUUAAACAAUAGUGCUUUUAAUUUCUCAAUGAACUCAACCAGGAGCAGGAAGCAGGACAACCUAUCUAUAGAGAAUGUUUUCGGAGCAGUCUCUUCCCUCGAUUCUAGAGAAAAUACUCGUAUUAAUGAUCAGAAAUAAAAUGAAGGACAAGUACAAAUAUUUCGCCAUCGAUCGUAAUCAGAGGCCUCCAUUCCACUCAGGAGCAAGUUUUUCGAACCAAAAUUUCUCAAAAAUCAAGAAGACCAAGGCAAAGUACCGUAUUGGAAGAGAAAAGUAUCUUCAUAACAAAUCUGAUAGAUUUGAAAUAUGAUGCCUUGGACACCCAUUUAACAAGGAGAAUAAUUACAUUUCAAAUGUUUCAAAGCCGAAAUUAACUACAAGUUAUCAACCAAUAAGGCAUUCUGGUAUUAAAUCUCAACAGAAGAAGUCCGUGCUGAACGAUCGGACAAAUAGCAUAAACAACAAGAAGAAUUACUCUGAAUCUCAUAGCAUUGAUACUCCUUUUGAGAGGAAGCCUAAGAGAAAACUUAACAUGAAACUUCUUGAGAAGAGUUCCCAAGCACCUCAACAGAAGAGGGUUAUUAAGAGAAACAUACCAAGACCAAAAAGGAAGAUACAGAAGGAUACUGUGAGGAAAAGCAGUCAAAAUUCCAAUCUUAGUGCUAGGUUUAUCAAAAGUGACAAGUCUCAAGUAACCCAACUUAGCAUAAGAAAGGCCAGGUUUAUCAGAAGAACACCAAGAGAUUAUUUAAAAACAAAUAAGCGGAAGAAAGAGGUUGAUGAUGAACUGGUUUUACAUUCGAAUUCCAAAUUUGUGAAGGAAAUUCAAUCAAAGUCUAAAACUAGUUUCAAGAAAAAUCAAAGCAUAAAAGCUAAGAAGCACUAUGUCUCUCAUAUGCCAUAUCACAAGAGAAAUAGGAACAUCAGGAGUGGUUUAAGAAGGUCCCAACCAAAAGUUCUGCACAGGUACCUAAAUUCUGAAGAGCAAGUGAAGAAAUAUAUGCCUAACCCAAGCCCAAUUGCGAGUAAAAGGAGGUUCUCCCCCAAAACUGUUCCUAAAGGAUACAUUGUAACUGACAGCACUCCUAGAGAGGAUUAUCAUACAUUAGGAAAUAUUCUGAAUAUAUCCAAUGAGAAUACCGAUGAUCAGAAUAAACUAAAACUGAGUCCUACAAAGGAAGAAACUUCUAAGAAAUCUGAGCAAGAAGAGAAUUCAGUAGUUUAUAAAGAACAGAAUGUAACUGACAAUAGUUUAAAGAAGCUGAAAUCAUUUAGUCCCCCAUCCAAGCAAAUUAAGGGCUUAUUUUGCAACUGAAAAUUGGAGGAUGGAAUUCCUUAUGCUUGCACCAAUGGGCACAAGUGGAUCAAGAGCCUCUUCAACGUGUAUGAUUAUAAGCAGAAUGAAGAGAGCUACUUAGCUCUAGUAGAAAUUUCUAAUAAUCUAGAAAUUGUGGAUGAAUCCACAGUUGAUCAGAUUACUAAGGAUUUACGCAGAACUUUUCAGAAAAUAGACAUCUUCGUGAAACCAGAGAUGAAGAACAAACUCUUCAGGGUCCUUAAAGCCCUUGUUGCAUAUGACCCAUCCGUUGGGUACACCCAAGGAAUGAACUUCAUCGCUGCAGCUUUGAUAGUUCACUGAGAAGAGAGUGUCACCUUCUGGCUCUGAACCGGUCUUUUUGAAAAAUAUGAAAUCAGAGAUCUCUAUAGUGAAGACUUCGCAGGAAUGUAUGACAGAAUUAAUGUCUUUAAGAGCUACCUUAAGAGAUAUUUAGGAAAAAUUCAUGAAAAAUUUGAAGAAGCUUGAUUCCAACCCGAAAUUUACAUGAUGGACUGGGUACUGACUUUCAUGUGAUCCUAUAUUCCUCUCAAAUGGCUGACUAAUUACUUCGAUGAGUUUUUCAAGCACGGAUGGGUAGCCUUCUACUCUAUUUGCCUUUCGAUUCAUGAAUUCCUCCAACCGAGAAUAAUGAAGUGAGUAGAUAUAGGAGAGAUGAAGGAAUGUGUGAACAGAAUGAAGGAAAACCGGGCCUCAAUUUUGAUAACUAAGGAUUCGGAAAAAUGUAGGAUCCAUGACCUCAGCACACAAGGUCCUAAUAGUAUAUUCACCAGCCAGACAUCAUGUAAUGAUUUCACUGCAUUCCAAAGAACUAGAGAUGAAGAUUGGAAGACGAUUUUCGAGUUCUACGAGACAUACAUUGAUCUCAUCGUUAAGAAAUAA